AGUAGCCCAAAAUCUUCGACAUGCUUUCAGAAGCCGUCUGCUGGAUUCUGUCAAACAAUUACGCCAUUCCCCAUCUCAUCCAUCUCCUAGACGAUUUUUUAAUCAUUUCGCCUCCAAACGCCAUCCCAGCUGCCCACAUCCUCACAGUCCAAAAGGUUUUUUCCGAGCUUGGGAUCCCCAUUGCCCAGGAAAAAACCUUGGGCCCAGCUACAUCCAUCGAAUUUCUCGGCAUUAAUCUAGACUCAAUCAAAUUCCAGGUCUCUCUGCCUAAGGAGAAAAUCGACAGGAUAAUCCUCGUCUCCUCUACCCUCAUUGACAGCUCUCACUGUUCCAAACGCGAACUCCUGUCAUUGCUCGGGCAUUUAAAUUUUGCCAUGCGCAUCAUUCCCCAAGGCCGUCCCUUCAUCUCACAUCUCCUCUUACUCGCUUCGUCAGUCCAUGCGCUCGAGGACCUAAUUUCCCUAUCCCGAGAAUGCCGCGACGAACUUAGGUUAUGGAUAACGUUCCUCAAACAAUGGAACGGCCUUUCCCUCUUCUAUAACAACCUCGUUUCGUCUCCCAUCGACAUCAAACUUUUUACAGACGCGGCCCCUUCAAUCGGUUUCGGAGGAUUUUACCAAGGUCGCUGGUUCGCGUCUCCAUGGCCUUCCCAGCUGCAAGGUUCGCUACCGUCCUCAGCUCUUUUUGAGCUUUACCCCCUCGUGGUAGCAGCUUACUUAUGGGGAAACGAAUGGGCCUCAAAAUGCAUCUUAGUGCACUGUGACAACGAAGCAGUUGUUCAGUGCAUCAACAAAGGCCGUUCCCAUUCUACCGCCCUCACGCCCUUCCUAAGACGAUUAAUAUGGAUCUCGGCAUGCGACCAAUUCAUAAUAAUCGCCAAACAUGUCGCAGGUUCAGAAAAUAAAAUUGCUGACUCUCUGUCUCGCUUUCUGUUUCAGAAAUUCAGGAUGCUGGCUCCAGAGGCGGACCAAAAUCCAACCCCAGUACCUCCAUAUUCAGAAUUAAUAUUUCCGUAAACCACCCAUUAAAACCUCUCCUUGAAGAUUCACUCGACACCAUCCUCCAGGCUGUCUCUCCCAGAACACUCCAAUCAUACGUAACAGCAUGGAGAUGCUUUAAGUCAUUCCACCUCUCUUACAACAUGCCAUUUCCAGAUUUUUCUCUACUCUCAAUAACCUCAUUUAUCUCUUUUCUCAACAGCAUCAAAGGCCUCCAAAUCAAUUCCAUCAAAAGUUACAUAAGC